AUGCUUCCUACGCCUGCGCCAACCUCGCCGCCCUCGUCACCACGUCCUGAAGUAACGGCGGCGGCGGAGGAUCACCCAAUUGUCUAUCCUCCACCUCCUCCGACUAGAGGGAGCGCGCCUUUCCAGGUGCUGGCUGCUCUCUUCGAUAAGCUUCAAGGCGAGCGCAGACCGGAGAAGCGGAGGAGGCUUUUAGACUCAUGGUUCAACAAGGACCGCGAACGUGCGGUCUAUGGUUUGAAGGAGAAGAACCUAGCAAAGAUUUAUAUCAAACUUAUUCCUCUUAACCCGAGGGAUCCGGAUGCAAUUCGUAUGCUUAAUUGGAAGCGCCCUACAGAAAGAAAUCAAUCCUCAGGAGACUUCCCUUCUGUAUUAUAUGAAGUCAUUAGCAAGAGAUCAUCUGUGGUGGAAGGGACGUUGACCAUCCAUGAACUGAACGAUCAUCUCGACGAGAUCUCGAAGAACAUGGGGCACUCUACCACAUCUGAAGAACAGCGAUGGAUAGCACGCAUCAUUUUGAAAGACAUGCAGAUAUCAGUCAAGGAGACGACUGUCUUCGCCGUCUUUCAUCCAGACGCGCAUGCUCUUUUCAAUACAUGUUCCGAUAUCAAGAAGAUUGCUUGGGAAUUAUGGGACCCAAAACGUAAACUUAACGAUGAGGUGCACCUAUCGCCGCUCCGACGGAUUGAAGAUACAGUAAAGGAAAUGCAAGGUAGCAACUUUAUCAUAGAGGAGAAGCUCGAUGGCGAGCGCGUGCAACUGCAUAAGCGCGGAAACGAGUACUUCUAUUGUUCUAGCUCAUGGGCUACAAAUAGGAAAGGCAAAGACUACACUUACCUCUACGGAAAACAUGUGGGAGAAGGCAGCUUAACGCCAUGGAUUCACAAGGCAUUCGAUGCUCGAGUCGAUGAGAUCAUUCUCGAUGGCGAAAUGCUGGUCUGGGAUCCUGUCUCUGAGCGGAAUCUUCCAUUCGGUACAUUGAAGACCGCUGCUCUUGACCGAUCGAAGAAAGAGCGUGCUCCUCGCCCCUGCUUCAAGAUAUUCGAUCUCUUGUACCUGAACGGCACGCCCCUUCUCAACAAGUCGCUCAAAUUCCGCAAGCGCAAUUUACGGGCCUGUCUGAAGGAAGUCCCUGGGCGUAUGGAGUUUGCAGUUGAAUACGAGGGCCGCACUGCGGACGACGUGCGCACUCGCAUGGAAGAUAUCAUGGCCUCUCGCGGCGAAGGUCUUGUUAUCAAGCACCCCAACUCGCAGUACGUCCUGAGUGGUCGUAACAGCGAUUGGAUUAAGGCAAGUUGUUGGACUCGUGGAUUUAACGUGAAGCCUGAGUACAUGGACAGCAUGGGAGAAACGGUGGAUGUCAUAGUCGUCGCCGGAAACUACGGUACUGGCCGACGUUCUGGAGGUGUCUCGACACUCGUAUGCGCUGUCGUCGACGAUCGCAGACCUGCUGACGAGGUAGAACCAAAGUAUAGCACCUUUGUGCGCAUAGGAACCGGUCUUUCAUACGCGGACUACAUAUGGGUACGACAGAAGCCCUGGAAGACUUGGGAUCCGAAAAACCCUCCUAGUUUUAUACAAGUCGCAAAGAAAGGGUCUGAGGACAAGGGCGAUGUGUAUCUAGAGCCCCAAGAUUCCUUUCUGCUCAAGAUUAAGGCUGCCGAAAUCACUAACUCAGAUCUAUAUCAUAUGGGCGUGACGAUGCGCUUUCCGCGUGCGAUUCAGAUCCGGGAGGACCUCGACACUUCCGAUUGUACGACUGCGACCGCCGUUUUUGAAAGUCUGCGGUCGGAUAGGAAGAGGAAAAUGAGUGAUACUGAUGAGUUGAGUGAUUGUGUGAACCCGAAAAAGAAGCAGAGGAGAACCACGAAGAAGCCGGUAAUUCUUCUCCCUCAGUACCAGAGCUUAAAGCUAGAGGACGUCGAGGUUGAGAGUGAUCUUUUCGAGGGGAUGACCUUCAUGGUUUCAUCCGAUCCAAAAUCGAGAACGGGCGAACAAGAUAAGAAAGAGCUCCUGCGAAUGAUCCGUGCCAAUGGAGGCAAGUACGUCCAAAUGGCAAAGAACAACCCUGAUGUGCUUGUUGUAUAUGGAGGCACAAUCACUCCUUACGACAUUAAGCUCAUCAUGAACAGGGAUGUCUGCGACAUUAUCAAGCCGCAAUGGAUCAGGGAAUCUGUAACGAAGAGUGAACGAAUGCCGCUGACCAAGAGGUACUUCUUCCAUGCCACUUCUCGUCGCAUGGAAGAGGACGAAUACGUUCAGGAUGAUGGAAGCCUCGAAGAGCUGGCUCUCACGGAUCAGCAUGAAGAGCCCCUUGAGACCAAUGACAAGGGGGAUGCAACUCAAGAGGAUCCCUCUAUAGCGGAUUGGUUCAAAGUCGAGAAGUCAUCGAAUAGAUCUGAGAUACAGCACGACGAUACGGACAGCGAGACGGAACCUGAUUCUGAUAAUGAUGAUGUGAACCGGGAUGAGGACAUAGCAGACGAGGAUGAUAUCAGUGAUUGGGUCAACGUGGACAACGAAGACUCAUUGAAAACCGAAGAAGACCCGGUGCAGGAUGCUAGCGAGUCUGAACCUCAAGUCCGCAUGGGGGAGACCGAGGAGGCCCGGGAAUACGACCAGGAGCUAAUCUUCCGACAUCUAUGCUUCUACCUUGAUUCCCCUGCGAAUGCUAAGAAGAAUAGUAUGUCUGUUAAAAGCAAGAAUCAAGAUGAGCUCAACAAGGGUUUCGAGAAAUUGACGACACUGAUCACUGAGCAUGGGGGCCGCGUCGUGGACCUUGAUGAACCCAAGCUCACGCAUGUCGUUGUUGAUAAGCGAGACUUGUCGCUGAGUUCAUCCAGGCUUGCUUGGACGAAGAAACAUUGCUUGAUGAAGAUGGCAAGUGCCUGGCAACUCGCUUUGUUCCUUGUGUUAACGCCUGCUCCCACAGAAUUCGCGCCAUGA